AUGAACGCCCUGGAGAACACAAUUCAGCUUCUCUCCAGUGUUUUCGGUAAGUGCUCAUUUAUCUCUGCUCGCUUUUUCCUCUGGAGAGCCCGAGACCCUCCGACGGCCGCAAAUCUGUCGCUCUGUCGUGAUAAUUCAUUUGCGACUGAUUUUGAGAAGAAAAACUCGCGGAGUCGGACGGGAUGAUCGAUGCCAGGUUGCAAGUGCAGGGAGGAGAAGAAAAACAAUGAAAAACAUCAAUAAGCGCUUCUGUCCCCUUUUAAACCAUACCAAAUCGUCAGUAUCAGCGGACCAGUCGUUAGCUCCUCUUUCACUCCCAAUUUUGCCGUUUUCCCCCCGAAAAUGCUGUUUGAAAAACGACACUUUUGCUAUUGCUCCGAUCGGUUUGCUGAUGCGCAAAAAAGAACUCUCACAGGCUUCGCGAAUUCGAUUGGCGUCGUGAAAAUGAGAUGAAAUGUGCAGAUUGCCCGAGUAGGGCACACGCAGCAAAUAAAUUGACUUUCGCCUGAACUCUAUCUAUCCACAAUCCAUCGUUUUCUUCUCUUUUCCAGACACAAAUGGUUGCGCCGCCGCAGAACGAGUCGGUCCGUCUCAGUCCGGAGCCAGCAAACGCAAAAGUCGACCAGUGAAAAGGAUUAUCACUGAGGAGGUAAUCCAGGAAGAAAACGUCAGUUUUUGAGCAGUUGUACGAGCACACUUCCAUCUGAGUAGAUGCGCACAAAACUUGGCGAUUUUUCUCUCUUCGGGGGGCCCUCACCCGAAAUUACUUUGCUAUCCAUCCAUUUGCUUUCUCAAGAUUGAGCAGCGGAUUGAAAGUGUGGGAUAAUGCAAUAAAGGGGUGACUAAAAAGGAGAAGAGAUGCGGGUAUCGAGAUAAGCAGAUUCGGGAGUUGGCCUCGGCUAUGAUGUGGGCGAAACUAAGAGUAGGCGGCAAGCACAUCCGACGUAUUUUCUAUGUUUUCUGACUCGCUUGGUCCCAUCUUUUCUUUUUUGUCAACUAGACCCUCAUCUAGUUUAUUCCUUUCCGUCCAAGCUCCUUGAGACAAGAACGGAGAGUCCUACUCUGAAUUCACUCAAAAGGAUUUUCCCGAUUCUUCUUCCAUUCUUACCAUACUCUAUUUUCCACGUUGAAUUUUGUCCCAAAAAUGGAAAGAAGCGCACGUCUAGGCGGAAGCAGCUGAAAAGCGACGGGCGAGCCAAUCAUGCUUCAAUAUUUUUCAAUAAGUAUCAUGGACCCCAAGCCGAGUAAUUGAAUAAGUAAUGAGCAUUGGGUUAGAGUGAAGACGCGACGACGACGACAACAGAAGAAAGAGAUCCUUUGGGGGCAAAACGUCCGUUGCGUGUGGGUGUAUAAGUGAGAAGCACGACCCCACUGAAUGACUCGAGUUUUCAUCCCCCUCCACUUUUGCUUGUUUUUCACAUCGUUCCGUUCCCGUUAGUUUUUUUUUCAAUUGCCUCAGAUUUAUACAUACUAGGGGAAUAUUUUUCGCGCGUCCUCCCGUUCGCUGCGCUCCGCCAACAUCGGUCCCCCACACCCAUUUGGAGCGCUUCUCUGGUCCCCCUCCUCCUUCUCAAUGUUUUUCGGGAGGGCGCUGCUGGUAGCACCCACUCGGGCAGAGAUUCCUCUCCAUCCGUUUGCCGAUGCAACAUUUGUUGCAUACAUAAAACGGGAAAAGACGCAAAAAAACGGGGGGCAUUUUGAAAAGUGAGAAGCUGCAAGUGUAGUAGGUCGUUUCUGUUUCUCAUUGAGACCAUCAAACGACUUCCCUUUUGUUUUUCGCUCCGUCUCGGUUGCAAUUCUCUUUCCGCAACACUCUGCUCCCCCCGCAAUCAUCUGUCUGCUCAUCAUUUCAUUCCUAAUGAAAAAUGAUGAUGACUACCAGAGUAUGGCUGGUUGUCACAAUGUGGAUGGGCUACUGGAAACUCAGAAAAAUAAUGAUUAUGCAACAUCUUGACCUGAUUUAAGAGACCGUCACUUGAUCAGUCUGGAGUAGCCUCUACCAACUCUGACGCGUUCCGCUUGCCGAAGUGCCUUUUUUUCAACCCAAAUCGAUCUCGAUUCCUAUUCCGAUUCCACAAAACGAAACGCGUCACUCUCUGAUUUAUUCCAUGUAGCAUUGCCCACUUUCUCCUUUCUCGGCGCUGUUUCAUUCUUGAUGUCUGUUAGUUACUCUUUUGUGUAAUAUGCGAAGUUUCUCUGGCAGUCUGCGGAAGUUUGAUAGAGGGAGCGAGAGAAAGAAUUCUCGAAUCAAUCGACUUUCGGCCAUAAAAAAGUUGACUUGACUGUUUAGUCGCCGCGUUAAUGUUGAUUUAGUAAUCAUCGCGCAAGCAAAAGGCAAACCCGAGGUUGAGAGAAAAACUGACGAGUUUCGCAUUAUUCCGAUGUGAGGGAUCAUUUGGGCACGAAAUACUGUUCUCGUUUCAGGAGGUCGAAGAAGAGCAGCCGGAAGAAGUACGAUGCCCAGCAAUGCAGGUGGAUGCCGCCGAGCCCUUUCUGGCAUCACUUCGUCGGUUUACGAGUGAUGAACUCGUGGAAGACUGUAUCAGGUGAGUCGAAUCAUGGUCACGGCCCAAACUCAGAACUCACCUUUUCUAUACUCAAUUGUACUCAUGGCCGCUUUUGGUCGCUUCCGUUUUUUAGGAAGACUCCGUUUCGAAAACGUUGAAAUUUGAUCCGGCCGCCAGUAUGUCUUCACUCAUUUGCAUAUUCAAGGUUUCGGACCAUUUGGCAAUCAUUUCUGAGAACCCCCGUUUGCGCAUUUGUCAGUAGGAAUAAGAAAACAGAAAUUGGAGCAUCUACCAAGCGAAAGCCGUGUGGUGUCGAAUUUAGUAAUUACUUGUCUGCUUGCCCAUUGUUUUUGGAGAGCUUUCGUUCUUGCUCAACUUUUUAUCAGCUUAGCAUCUGAAACCCAUUCGGCAAUGUGCAAAAGCUUCAUGCUCAACUUUUUCCCAAAACUUUUUCCCUUUUUCUAGUGCACGUCUCUCUUUCUGAAUGUCUCUUGUCUUUGUGAAUCCUGUUCUUCUCCGAAUGGUAAUUAAAUAAGCUCGAGCACGGGCUAGUAGGCGUCUGACAUAGGGCACCGCGCUAAUUAAACGGCUGUACAUAAUUUUUUCAACUGAUGUGUGUAGUGAAGUAGAUUGGAAAAGACGACGAUAAAGAGCAAGGCGAGUAAUCGAGUGAGAAAUUAUUUCAGCCAUAAAGAAUUUCUCCUUCUCCCAUCCACUUUUACCCGGGAGUUUGUGAUGUGUAUGUGCAUGAGUAGUGUUUUUCGGCGGCUCUUUUCAUCUUUUCGCCGCUUGUCGAGUAUUUACCUGGCCUGCAAAAGAGUUACCUAAUAUCUCUGUGGGGAAUCAGAAACAUUUGUUGUUUUUGUUUUGCUUCCCGGCUCUCGAAUCGUCUGAUAUCAUCCCCGUCGCCAGAGUGGCCGAUGAAUAUUCCAGUUUUUGCGAAUAUUCCCCGAGCGUAACAACAUUUUUUUCGUUCACGAAAUACUAAUGACCUCCAUCAAUUAAAAUACUGGUUGGUCUAGAAAUUAGCUCUAUUCAGCACGUUCUCAUGCCUUUUUUCCGAGUCUUACACACAAAACUUUUGUUGAUUAGGUUACGUUCAAUUGUUUUUUUCUCUAAAAAUUCAAUUUCAAAUUCAAAUUCAAAUUCGAGUCGCAAUUGGAAAAGUGCGCGAUCUGUCACCCAUAAACGAUCGGUAAUCCGAAAAAUAACAGUUCAGAUCAGAUAAAAAACUAGUUGUGUGUGUUUUUUUUCAAAAAAUUUACCGUUCCGUUUUAGUCAUUUUGUCACACCCCCUUCUCGCAGAUUUUUUCAUCCUCCCCUUCUGCAUCUGAAAAUUUGUUAUGUUUUUCAUCUAGAUAAUCGGAUAAAUGCAAUUAUUCAGGGUUUAUUCAUGACCCCGUCCGUAGUCCUGUUCAAAUCUGUAUCCGCUUGCCGAACUCUGACAUUUUCUGUUUUUUUCUGUUCAUUCCACAACCCUCGUCGAUAACUUCUAAUUAGAGGUUCGGAAUAGCGUUGGAGACGGAAUUCGCUCCCGUUUUUUUGUACUAAAUCAGAUGCCAUACAUUUCCAAUCGAGACCCAAUUCGGAAUUCAUGGAUUCCUUCCGCUCUUCGCAUUUCCUUCCUUUGGACCGAUCCGCGCACGCUUUUUUGUUCCCUCCGUGUUAUAUUUCAUUUAUAAGUUCCAUUCUUAGUCAGGUGUGAAUUUCAUUUCUCUGCCGGUCAUUAUAAAAAUGUUAGUCGUCUUCCACACGCUCACUCAAUUCUUUCUCUUCUUUUUUUCGUAAAAUUACGGUGUUGGUGUCAACGUGUGGCAUGAAGAGUUCAUGAAAACCCCCUGGCAAUUAUGAAUAUGUGACCUUAAACAUUAUUUGGUCGAUGGUGACGGGAGGGGGGGGGGUGCUGACAGUGAACAAGUGUGAAAAGGGGAGCCCAAAAAAGAAGUGUCAAGAAGCGUAUUCUGGAGAUGAAUAGUGGGCGUGAAAUGCGAAAUUCAUAGAAAGUUGCAUAAAUGCUCAGUGAGUAUUUGUAUGCGACAAAACGCUCGACGACGACGACGACAAUAAGUCGGUGAAUUGGUGUGCGGCCGAGUGGACACCUCCAUCCUUGCGCUCCACAAAACUUUCAACACCUUCAUAAUUGGUCCCUUCAGUUUUCGGGAGAGUCACUCGAAAAAAAGGCGUUUGUUGUAUUCCAUUUGUCACUUCCCUCCUCUGUCUUUUUGUUGGGCUACUCGCGUUUCGGAAAUGAGUAUUCAACCGACAGACAAGUCGAGCAUUACUUACACUUUUCCAAGAAAGAUGCUGGUCACUGUUGACAAAAGUCAACACAAACUCCUAGUUUUUUGCCUUCCUCCAACUUUGAACUUGACUAGUGUCACAAAUUAGAGGAGAAUGUGUCUGUUUGUGUUUGCUCAUGUUCCCGAUGGCAACCCUAGAACUAGAACUACUGUCAAAUGUGACUAAUUCUGCAACCCGACCAGAGCACCAUUACAGUAAUCAUGGUUGAGUGCACUCAUCCGAACACGUUGCAUUCUGACUUGACUUGCAAUUUUUUACCUGGCUACCGUCAAUUUUCGCGUUUUCGAUUGUACGUGCUGUAGAGAUGGUCGGCGUCGCGUCGAUCGGAAAAAAAUUAAUGCAUCAUAAUGCACUCUACCCGUGAUGAACGCAACAUCGAGUAGAGGGUCACAGAAAUUCAACUUACGCAUAUGGUUCGCUGCUUGAAAAUUCAUGAAGAAUGAUACUCUUUUUUGCUGUUCUCCUCCUUUUGUUCUAUUCUCAGACUUUCUUCGAACGUACACAGUCCCACCCAUUUCAAACUGGAACAGUUUUGUUUUUUGAAAAUGGAAUACCAGUCCAAGACAUUCUCAAAAAAGACUCAAGAAUCACUUGACGCUUGUUGCCGAGUUACACGUUUUGAAAAUUAUGCAAAAACGUUGCCGAACUACUGAAAAAUGAAUGAUUCACAAGGUAACAUCCGUGAUAUUCUAUUUUUUCAUCGACAAACAUUUCACAAUUUUCUCAAACGUUUCAAACGUUUUUAGACUGACGAAAAGUUCGAAAAGAAUCUGAGGUCAGUUCAAUGAGCUGAACUUCCGUUUGCUUCGCAUUAUUCACAGGACAAUUCCACUCUGCCGUCACACAGAACUUUCAAUAGAUCAAACCCGCAGUUUGCUUUUUUCCGAAAAAAUCAACUCUACUGCCGCUGCUUUGCAGUUAUUUUUGUGCGUUCGAAAUGCAAUACGAGCAACCAAGAACAAUAAAAGCAAAUUUUAAUUAAAUUAGGGGCAUGGGCCCCGUCGCACUAGCAUGAUACACACACGAUUUUAAUAAUAUUAGUUUUAUUUUCCAUCCGCUUCGCCCCCCUUUCUUCUACCACCCCGCCACCGAGAACUUCUGUUCGUCAUUGCAGAGAAGACGACGACAACGUCUCCGACGACAUAUUCUCAAACGGAAACUGCGACGAUAUGGAGCAGGCCGGCCUUGCGGGUACUGAUUUCUUGCGCAGAGUGGCCGACAUUCUGCAAGGAAAUCAGAAUGGUUCUGCGCUCAAUUCUCAUUUUUUAGCACAGCAACUAUCGGCAAUGAAAGGUACGGUGAUUCUGUUUUAGCUGUUUAGGAUUAAAUUUUGGUUUUUCAGAUCAAUCUGAUCCGCCGACUAUUAUUACAAAUGGGAAUGGACUACUGACCCCAGUCACAACACCAUUAUCCCCGUUGUUCACAAGCACAGACAGUACGCUGAGCACCCCGGAGAAAAUACUUCAAGCUAUAAUGACUCCGUCUCUUGGGUUUCUCAGUACUAACGGUCUUGGUGAGACCCAUUCAUUUCUGCUUUCUUGGUUAUCACAAACUUACAGGAGCUUCUAACACCGGUCUCCUCUCAUCUCCCUUAAUUGCUCCGAGUCCCACACUCCUGCAGACGUUGAUCAACACGCCGCCCACGCCAACGGCUUCAUUGACUCCGAAGAAAACUGUAAGAAUGUUCGGGAUCUCGGGUCUGUCUAAGAUUUUAAGUUUAGGAAAACCGGCCGCCAGUAGUCGCACAAACUCUCAAAGCUUCAAAACGACGUUUGUUUGAUGACACGUCAAGAAUUGAAGCAGCCAGUAUGAACGGAGAUGACCGGAUUGACAUGAACGAACUCGAAGCGUUUGCUCAGACAUUCAAAAAACAGAGAAUAAAGUUUGGGUUCACUCAAGGCGACGUCGGUCUGGCACUCGGAAAGCGAUACGGAACAGACUUCUCCCAAACAACAAUUUCGAGAUUUGAAGCGUUGAAUCUGUCUUUCAAGAACAUGUGCAAACUCAGGCCUCUUCUCAAAGAAUGGCUGGCCGACGUGGAAACAGCGUUCGAAGCAGGGGCAACGGUCGCCGAUCUCAUUGACAAAAAGACACUGAGCAAUGGAAACCAUCAUCAUUCAAUUAGUGAAUUACAUGUAUGAGGAUCGUGUUCUAUGUUGUCGUUUUUACAGAAAUGUUUCAGUCCCCCGAAGGUCCUAUUGUAUCUUCAAUUGCUUCGGUGGCGGCCACCAGUUUAGUAAAUCGAGAGCAACACGUCAAACGGCGGAGAAAGAGGACAAACCUGGAUAUGAAUCAGAGAAACGCCCUCGAUACCUAUUUUGCACUGAAUCCAAGACCAGAUCACGACAAGAUGACUGAUAUUGCGAACGCUCUUGAGCUCGACAGAGACGUCGUCAGGGUAUGGUUCUGCAAUCGGCGGCAGAAGAUGAGAAGGGUCGAUGAGCCAGUUGAGGGCGAGAUUGUGACUCCGUCCGUCAGUCCGGUUUUUCCGAAUAUCUCAUCGGUAAGCUUUAAAACUAAUGAGAACUGUUUAGCAGAGCCUGGUUUCAGAUGAGUGCAAUGGAGCAAAUUCAGGAAGCUGCUCGGAUGGCGUCUUGUCAAGUCAGCAACGAUGACAGUAAGUCAAGCUCAGUUCUGGGACACGUCAAACUUUUUAUUUUUCAGGUGACGGCACAUCAGGUAGCCCAGAUGCUCCAUCCAAUGACGGUUGCUCGGAUCUUUGA